AUGCAUACUCUGCUCGCCGGCGUCGCAAUCCUACUCCCCACCUUCCUCCUCCUCCGAGUCCUCGCCACCACAUCAAUCCGCCACAUCGUCCUCCAAUCCUGCCGCGCAAUCGCCGACCGUCUCCACCUCCACCAAACCUACACCGUCCCCCAAUUCGACCCAACAACCCUCCUCCCAAAUCCGCUCUACUCCAGAGUCGCCGCCUACCUCUCCUCCCUCCAACCCUCCGACUCCUCCGCCGCCGCCACCAACCUCCUCUCCGGCUCCAACCCUUCCCACGACAUCAUCCUCUCCCCGGACCCCAACCGCCACGUCAUCACCGACCGGUUCCUCUCCGCCCCGCUCUCCUGGUCCAACCACCCUGCCUCUUCCCCUGCCUCCUCCGGCUGCAAAUUCGUCCUCUGCCUCCGCAAGAAGGACAAGCGGCGGAUCCUCCGCCCUUACCUCCAGCACAUCCUCUCCGUCUCCGAGGACGCCGGCAGGGAGAUCAAAUCAUUCACCACCCACUUCGCCCCCUCCGCCGCCGCGGCCGAAUCCCCCUGGAGGGCGGUCCCGUUCGCGCACCCUGCCACGAUGGAGACGGUGGUGAUGGACGCGGAUCUGAAGGGGAAAGUGAAAUCCGACCUCGAAUUGUUUCUGAAAUCGAAGCAGUACUACCACCGCCUCGGCCGCGCCUGGAAGCGGAGCUACCUCCUCCACGGCGCCUCGGGGACGGGGAAAUCGAGCUUCGUCGCCGCCAUGGCGAGGUUCCUCUGUUUCGACGUUUACGAAAUCGAUUUUUCGAAAUUGGCGGGCGAUUGGGACCUGCUCAAGCUACUCUCGCAGACGACGCCCCGGUCGGUGGUCGUGAUCGAGGAUCUCGAUCGGCUUCUGGCGAAUUCGUCGGGGAAUUUGAGUUUGAGCGGAUUGUUGAAGUUUAUGGACGGGAUUGGGUGUGAAGAGAGGGUGAUGAUUUACACGAUGACUUCAAAGGAGGGAAUUGACCCAUCGGUGCUGCGGCCGGGGAGAAUCGACGUGCAGAUCCAUUUCCCCCUUUGUGAUUUCCCGGCGUUCAAGACCCUGGCCGGAAAUUACUUGGGGGUGAAGGAGCACAAGCUGUUCCCGCAGGUGGAGGAGGUGUUUUUGUCGGGGGCGAGCUUGAGCCCUGCGGAGAUCGGAGAAAUCAUGAUCGCGAACAGGGGGUCGCCGAGCCGGGCCCUGAAAUCGGUGAUCACGGCUCUCCAGGCCGCCGACGCCGCCGCGAGCGACGCUCGGGCGGUUCGGUUGAUGAGAGAGAGCAGAGCGUCGGGUGUGCCGCCGACGGCGGCAGCAGCAGCAGGGGAUGACGGAGGAGGAGUGUUUUGCAGGGAGAGCGUCCACACGGUGAGGGAGUUCAGGAAAUUGUACGGGCUGUUGAGGAUCGGUAGCCGGCGGAAGGAGGAGAACUCUGUUCCUUCGUCGGAACUGGGCGGCGGCUCCGGCCCGCUGGAGAAGGAAGGGAGAAUCGAUGGAGUAUCUCGCGGUUGUCAAACCUCUAAAGUCUCACUCGCUGGCCCGAGUUCGUUCCGAUCAGCCCUGGGUUCAUUUGCCCUCACAGUUCUUCCAAGAAAGCAUGGUAAGCGUCCCGUGCUCAAUUGUGAGACUUGUCAUCUGGGUGUGUUUCAGUUUGCCAGUCUUGUACCGAUAGUCAAUCCUUUUGUCCCCCAGAAUUACAUUAUUGGAGCUUUCAAGCCCGCAUGUAAUAUAGCAAUCACAUUAAAUGAUGCGAAGAUGCGGAAACAGGUUCCUGUGAAGAAGGAGAAUGGCCAAACCAUUAUGACUCCACUCUUUCAGAGCCAAGAAAGUGUUGCUGGCAAGGUUGUUAUUGAACCACCUCAAGGGAAGAAGGUCGAACACAAUGGUGUUAAGGUUGAGCUUCUUGGUCAGAUUGAGAUGUACUUUGACAGGGGCAAUUUUUAUGACUUUACCUCUCUUGUACGUGAACUGGAGGUCCCUGGAGAAUUAUAUGAAAGGAAAACAUAUCCUUUUGAAUUCUCCACAGUAGAAAUGCCAUAUGAGACGUAUAAUGGGGUGAAUGUAAGGCUGAGGUAUGUUCUGAAAGUGACUGUAAGUCGAGGUUAUGCAGGGAGCAUUAUUGAAUACCAGGACUUUGUGGUACGAAACUACACUCCACCUCCACCUGUUAACAACACUAUCAAGAUGGAAGUUGGAAUUGAAGAUUGUCUACAUAUUGAGUUUGAGUACAACAAGAGCAAGUAUCAUCUGAAAGACGUGAUUAUUGGUAAAAUCUAUUUUCUCCUUGUGAGAAUCAAGAUAAAAAAUAUGGACCUUGAGAUCAGGCGCAGAGAGUCGACUGGGUCAGGGGCGAAUACCCAUGUUGAGACAGAGACUCUUGCUAAGUUUGAAUUGAUGGAUGGAGCUCCUGUUCGGGGUGAAUCAAUUCCAAUCAGACUGUUUCUAAGCCCAUAUGAACUGACACCGACGCACCGCAAUAUUAAUAACAAGUUCAGUGUGAAGUAUUAUUUAAACCUUGUUCUGGUGGAUGAAGAGGACCGUCGCUACUUUAAGCAGCAGGAAAUUACAAUAUACAGGAUGCAAGAAGGCUCCUGAUGAAAGGCAGCCACACUCGGGGAUGGUGAAGGUUUUAUCAGGAUAUAUAGAGAUUAACUGCCGUUUGACAAAAUUGUAAAGCUUUUCUUCAGUCACAGUUGAAAGCUAGUUGUGGGCUUUGGGCAAUGAUCCUGUCUCUGCUGGAAGCUGCUGGUGUAGUACUUCUUGUUUGCAAAAUCUAUCUAACCUUGUGACGUGGUUCGUGCAAGCUCGGCUGUGUGGCAGAAGUUGAGACUUGUCUCGUUGCUUCUACACUGGAAAAUGCUAACCUUCAUUAGAGAUCAUUAGGGCGGGUGGUGCUAAGUGUUUCUAGUGGUUGAGGAUGAUGUAGCAGAGAUCUAUUUAUUAUGCUGUGGUUAUGCAGAAAUUGGGUUAUUUUCACAAAUCACAAGCUUGUAAGUGUACAAUGGGG